AUGGAAGUACCUAGUGAGGACGCGGGAGAGCUGUUUAAAAAUGUGGAAAUGAACUUACAAUCUGAAUUCCAAUCGUGUGCCUGUCGCGUCCAAGAUCUAUUCCAGAACUCACCGUAUGUACACCCCGAUUACUGGAAAGAUAAGCCAGUGAAGAAACUAACUGAAGCGGCUAAGGAAGUGUUGCCUAAACUGGGCUAUCACGGGAGAAACAAAUAUAAGUACGCCUUCCACGAGCCAUGGAGGCCACUGGAUCGUAUGACCUUGUUAGCACAGGCCGAGAAGGAGGAACAAUUGGAUGGAGCUAGUGGUGACGCCAAGGAGGCAGAGAAACAAACCUCAUAG